AUGUUCUUACUUAUGUUGUUCACUUUGGUGUAUUCAUUCCAGUGUUCUCCGGGAUGUCCAGAUGGCUGUAUUACUCAGUUCACAUGUACUGGAGAAUGUAAGGCCGAGUAUGACAAUGACCGUUCUUGUAAUAAUUGUCGAUUUAACAAUCCGUAUCUUGAUACAUCAGAUGUGUACAUUACCAAUGGUACUGAUUGUAUAUUAAGCACAAACAAAAUAAUUAAAGCUGAUGGCUCUUGGUUACCACCAGAAGAGUCUCUAACGGAAGUUUAUUUGAAUCAACCCAUCAAAGUUCGAAUUGACCAAUAUAGUUAUGUUGAUUAUGGGUUCUGUUCAAAGGAGAAGAAAUACAAUUUGGGGCAAUGGUUUAAGUUAAGAGCAGACUCUAUCACUACAGACCACUUCUUAAUUGUUAUCACAAAAGAAAACAACACAGACUACGAGUUAACAUCUGCAGUAACAGAAUCCCAAAGAGGACAAAGAAAGAAUUGCUAUGGGUACACCGUCAUGCCGGAAGAAAAGAAGUACUACAGACACCAAAUCCCCAAUAUAUUACGAGACAAUAUUACCGAUUUAAAAUAUUAUUAUAUCUUUCUAAGGACAAAAGACUACGCAUUUGCAGACUUCCAUUUGGAAAUUGCAGAACAAGAAGGACGACUUGGAAGAGUUCUGAGGGAGUUCAACCAAAGUGAUAUAACUCCACUCGCCAUUGAUCUCGAUAAGAAAAUCAGUUGGGAUAUCGACUUUGCUGAUGUUGCUAUCACUGGCGCGCCCGCGUGUAUUCCACAGACUUAUAUGGAGUUGGCAAUACAUACAAGAAACAGACGAAAACGUGCUAUACGAACUACUUGUGUUCAAGC